AUGGGAUAAACUUGUUCGUGUCAACAGAAAAUUGAUGAGGACUAAUAUCUUGAAGAUUCUCAACACUAAGCCAACUAGCAGAAGCAAACUGAAUUCUCUCCAAAUGCAGAUAAGAUUGAAGGCGAAGAAUAAGAAUAAGAAAAAGAACAAUAAACCGUUGACAUAGAUCCAAUACAACUGAAAUCUUACGAGAUUGAGGAUAAUUGUCCAUAAGGCCUUUAACCACUUUCAUUUUAAGCAUAAUAAGAAUUCAUUGAUUAAUUUCCAGCUAUUGUGAAAAAAUAACUGUAGAAACUACCGAAACUUGAAAUUAAGGUCUCAUUAUCACCCAAUUAUAAAAGAAUUCCUCUAAUUGAUACACCGUACUCAUUAUAUCUUAAUACUUAGGUAUUAAUUAUAAAGUGGGGAUGUUUAUGUAGGAUAAUGGGCUGAAGGAAAACCCUUUGGUUUAGGCAAAGUAUAUUAUCUUGAUCACCAAGUUUAUGAAGGCUAAGUUAUUGAUGGAGUUCCUGAUGGAGAAGGCAGAAAAAUAUUCAAAGAUGGGUCUUAUUACAGUGGUAUUAAACAAAUUAUAAUUCAAAAGGGCAAUUUAAAAUGGGAGAAAUAAGCGGAAAGGGUAAGUUCACAAGAUUAGAUGGUUUCAAAUACGAAGGGGAACUCCUAAACGGUUUACCUGAUGGCAAUGGAAUUGAAACAUGGCCAGAUGAAACCACUUAUUAAGGAAUGUACAAAUUAGGUAAAAAACAUGGAAAAGGUACUUUCACGUGGGGUAAUAGGAAAAAUAAGAGUACAGGCAAAUUAGAAACCUAUACUGGUUAAUUUAAUAAUGAUUAAUUUUAUGGAUUAGGAAGAUAUGAAUGGUCUGAUGGUAGGAUUUAUGAUGGAGAGUGGGUAGAUGGAAAAAUGGAAGGGGAAGGCUAGUUCAUAUGGCCAGGUAUUUAGUUGUUUAAAAUCUAUUUUAGAUAAGAGAAAAUACACUGGACAUUAUUUGAAAGAUUUCAAAUCUGGUUAUGGUGAAUUAGAAUGGCCUGAUGGAAAAAAAUUGGCAGGUUAAUGGAGAAUGGGUAAAUUGAAUGGAAUUGUAACUCUCACUAUCAAAUGCAAAGUUAAGGAAGGAUAAACUGAACCAGAACCAGACAAAAUUUUUAUAUCAGAAUGGGAAGACGGAAAAAGAAUGAGAUGGGUGGAUAAUUUAAAUCAUAGUGGAAUACAUAGCAAUAUUAGUUUUAUAAGAAAUUUUGAUGAGCAUUAAGUCUAAUAAAACACUAGUCAAAUUUUACAUACACAAAUUAAAUCCGAUGAUUAGUAGUCAUAUAAAUAGAAUUCAGUAUUAAAUAAUUCUAAAAACUAACAAUAGCAAACUAUUUUUUAAUAAAAUUCAUAUACCAAGUAGUAAUAAUAACAAUAACAAUAAUAACAACAAUAAUAAUAAUAAAAUCAAAUUAAAUAAUCUAUAUAAUAAAAUUAUUAUGAAGUAGCCAGCUACAUUAUUGAAGAUAAUUAAUUUUAAUAAUAAAGUGAAACUAAGAAAUAGCACUAAUCGCAAAAUAUAAUAGGUAAGGAGAAUAAUUAACAGAACUUAAAAGAAAAAACAGAAAUUUGA